AUGAACCCGGGCUUGAGUCCCAUGGGUGGGCUUCAUCAUCCGGGCGUGAGUCCCCGGGGCGGUGGUCACCAUCCCAGUUUGGCCGGCGUGCCUCCGGGGGGUCAGAUCGGGAUUCAUGCGCCUCACACACCCGGAGCGUCGUCCACUACGUCCAACCCACCGGCCGGAGCCGGCGGACCGGCCAAUCCAGCCGAUCUCCCGGGGCGGUGGUCACCAUCCCAGUUUGGCCGGCGUGCCUCCGGGGGUCAGAUCGGGAUUCAUGCGCCUCACACACCCGGAGCGUCGUCCACUACGUCCAACCCACCGGCCGGAGCCGGCGGACCGGCCAAUCCAGCCGAUCGUGAAAGCACUCAAGUCACUUCCAUGCCCCUCCCACCCAUGCAAUACAUCAAUCAUUACACGGAUGAAAACAUCAGACGGGGCACGUGUCCGCCCCCACCCCCGCCCAUCACCGACGCCUACUCUAUGUUUGGUGCUCCCUUCUCAGCUGAUGAUACCAUUAUACAGAGCCUCGAGUCACAGGGCAUCCGCCGUUUAUACUCGUCCAAAGACGUUGAUCGUAAGCGGGAACUCCACAAGCUCAACCACUCGGUUCUGGUGAACUUCCUCGACCUAUUAGAACUCUUGAUCAAAUGUCCGGAGUCGGCCAAACGCGAAGAGAAGAUUGACGAAACGAAUCUCUUGUUCAUUCACAUGCAUCAUCUCAUCAACGAGUUCCGACCUCAUCAAGCUCGAGAGACGCUUCGAGUGAUGCUCCACGUUCAAAAACGGCGUCGACUUCAAGUGGCCGAAAAAUUCCAAGCCCAUUUAGAUAAGGUUCAAGAAACGAUUGAGGAAGCGCUGCGAUCUUUACCCGAACAAGAAGAAGGCGACAGCAAAUUUUUGAUUCGCAAAGAGUCCAUCAAUGCCAUGGACACUUCAAACAUGGACUCAUCGGAGAAGGAAAGCUGCUCCUCUAUGGACCGUCUGAUGUGUCAUAUCGCCGACGAGCUUGCUAUCCACGGCAGCCAGUGAACAACAUUCUGUUAAUAUAUUUAAAUGCGCCGAACAAGUCAAUCAUCGUUUUUGACUGAAACGGAAAAUAUAAGUUUAUUUCAAGGAA